UAACACGAUAAGAGUAUCUUCGUCUUUGGUUGGUGUGACAAUAACAAAAUCAAAUCAAAAUCCAUUUUAUUUUAAUUUAUAAUUAUAAUAAUAGUAGAAAGAUGGUAGUUAUGGUCAUGGCUUGGAACGGCUACAUGCUUCCCCCUCAAACGGACUCUGUUUCUCCGGCACGGCGGUUCGUUGGUCGCCGGAAACUCUGUUUCGACGGAAUUUCAUCCGUUUGUUCUUCCUCCGGCGACCAUGAAGACGCCGUUUCCCCUCGCAUUCUCACCAAAAAAGUUGGUGAAAAAACACUGCAAAACUUGGGAGAGGUCACACGGGGUUUUCCUAUAACUCGCAGAAUACUGUUAACAAGUUUGUUAAUGCCGUUAUAUUACGCCCCUUCAAGGUACUCAUCAGCUAAUGCUUUAGGAGACCCAUCUGUGACAAUUGAACAAGUAACACCUGUUGUUAUUCCAUCCGGGCCACUUUUUCCACCGGAGGAAAGAAUUGUCAAGCUUUUUGAAAACAACACGUACUCUGUUGUCAAUAUAUUUGAUGUCACUCUACGGCCUCAGCUUAACGUUACAGGGGUAGUUGAGAUUCCUGAAGGAAAUGGUUCUGGGGUCGUUUGGGAUGCAGAAGGGCACAUUGUCACAAAUUAUCAUGUUAUUGGCAAUUCUUUAUCAAGGAAUCUGAAGCCUGGACAAGUUGUGGCUCGUGUUAAUAUUCUUGCCUCAGAAGGGAUACAAAAGAAUUUUGAAGCCAAGUUGAUUGGUGCUGAUCGCUCUAAGGACCUUGCUGUCUUGCAGGUGGACGCACCUGUGGAUUUAUUGAGGCCUAUGAAGGUUGGUCAAUCUUCUUUCUUGAGAGUUGGGCAACAGUGUUUAGCCAUUGGAAAUCCGUUUGGGUUUGAUCAUACACUCACAGUGGGGGUUAUUAGCGGGCUCAAUAGAGAUAUAUUUAGUCAAACCGGUGUCACAAUUGGAGGAGGAAUUCAAACAGAUGCUGCCAUUAACCCAGGAAACAGUGGAGGACCUUUGUUGGAUUCCAAAGGAAAUUUAAUUGGGAUCAACACUGCGAUAUUCACUCAAACAGGGACUUCUGCCGGUGUGGGAUUUGCCAUCCCUUCCUCUACGGUUGUAAAGAUUGUACCUCAGUUGAUUCAGUUUGGGAGGGUUGUUCGGGCUGGUUUGAAUAUUGAGGUUGCUCCUGAUCUUGUUGCAAAUCAACUUAAUGUUAGAAAUGGAGCUCUUGUUCUACUGGUUCCUGCAAAUAGUCUGGCAGCAAACGUUGGUCUUCUUCCCACCACCAGGGGCUUUGCUGGUAAUAUUGUUCUCGGCGACAUCAUUGUAGCAGUAGAUGACAAGCCUGUUAGGAAUAAAGCAGAGUUUCUAAAAGCAUUAGAUGAUUAUAAUGUUGGAGAUAAGGUCAUUUUAAAGAUACAAAGAGGUGAUCAGACCUUGGAGAUGGCAAUUGCUUUAGAGGAGACUUCAUGAGAAUAUAGAAUGUGUAAAUUGUAUUAAUUAUAUUUAUUUAUUUACAAUUUUUUGUAUCUGUUCACUUACUGAGUUCCAAGUUCUUUUUGUUAUUCUGGAGUUUCUUUUUGUAACUAAUGUGUGUUAUAAAAAUGAGUAAAAAUUAAAUCA